AUGCAGCAUUGCAAGAUGCUGGGACACGAGCCAUUACUCCACAAUUUGAAACAAACACAUCGUCAGCCAUUAGAUCUCAGACUGGAAAGUCCAAAAGGAGUCGACACAAACUCGUUUGUGAGGUCGGAUGCUCAUCGACGUCUGCUUGACGAGAUAGGAUUCUUGGACAAGAUCUCCACCAAUGUGAAUGAUGGUAGCGACGAGUCUCUCAAGAGCCUGCUCGCUCAGAUAGCACGUCGACUCGAUGCACUGGAAGACAACAAGGCAGAGAACGAGAUGUCAAAACGAAUGCAUGACCUGGAGUCGAGGUUGGCACAACUUGAAUUAUUGCAAGCUACUCCUCAACAGUUCGUUCCACGUGAGGUUGUGAAUUCCUCAGAUUUGAGCAUUCACCAACUGAACGAAUUGAGAGAUUCACUAUCUAAUGAGAUCGAAGGUAUCAAAGGAAGAUUGGAUGGUGUGAUGAAGGAGAUAGAAGCGCUCAAAGCUGCAAAAAGCAACCUUGAAACCACACAGCUCAUUCAGGACGAGGUCUCAAGCAUCAAAAGCAGAAUGGCAGAGCUCGACAAGUCGCUCACAGGCGCUAAGGAUCCUUCGUCUCCUGCCGAGGGUGAUCUGGAAAGGAUCUGGAUUCGAGGCUACGGCUACACUGAAGCCAGGCUCUUCCCUCUUGGACGAUCGAUCAACAAAUCCGAUGAAGAGAGGUGA